GGUAACUCGAUUGUUGUUCGGCACGUUUAUUUUGUUUAUUAGAACAACUUUCUACGUUUUCCAUUUACAGAUUACAAACAAAGCUCAAGUCUAUCUUCACGUUAACUACACCUGUUGAUCCUGCAACUUUGAAGAUACAUCAGUAAAUGUUCACUCAAGACUGGUUUCAAAGAGGCUGGUAAAGAAGCAAUAUUUUGUGGAUCAGAUCAAAACGUUGCAGGUCCUCUGUCUUAAGAGAAAUAUGUCUAGCAGUGAUGAUAGAUUUGUCAAACGUGAGGUCUCGUCAAAACAUUGUGAAAGCAACCCUCAUCUGGAAGAAGAAACUAAACCACAUUCUUGCCAGAAGCCUUUCCAAUGUGGGAUGUGCUUGAAGUGUUUCUCUUACAAGAGUAAGAUUAAGCUUCAUAUGAGGAUCCACACUGGUGAACGACCAUAUCAGUGUGGGGUGUGCAGAAAGUGUUUUUUUGAGAAAAGAUACGUGAAAAAGCAUAUAUUAAUUCACAAUGGAGUUAACAAUUUGAAAUGUGAUGUUUAUUCAAAAUCUUUCCAUAGUUCCCUCUUGAAAGUACAUAUGCUCGUUCAUACUGGUGUUAUGCCUUUCAUGUGUGAGGUGUGUGGAAAGCGUUUUUCGCUAAAUGCCAACUUGAAACAACAUAUGUUGGUCCACACUGGUGUCAAGGCUUUCAAGUGUGGGGUAUGUGCCAAAUGUUUCUCACGAAAUACCCAUUUGAAACAACAUAUGUUGGUUCACACUGGUGUUAAGAAUUUCAGAUGUGAGGUAUGUGCAAAACUUUUCUCAAAACAUAUAGACUUGAAACGACACAUAUUGGUUCAUACUGGUGUUAAGAGUUUCAAAUGUGAGGUAUGUGCAAAAUGUUUCUCACAAAAACCCACCUUGAAACAACAUAUGUUGGUUCACACUGGUGUUAAGAAUUUCAAAUGUGAGGUAUGUGCAAAAUGCUUGUCAAGCAAUGGCAAAUUGAAACAACAUAUGAAUAUCCACACUGGUGUUAAGACUUUCAAAUGUGAGGUAUGUGCAAAAUGUUUCUCAUUAAAUACCACAUUGAAACAACAUAUGUUGGUUCACACUGGUGUUAAUAAUGUCAAAUGUGAGGUAUUUCCAAAAUGUUUCUCAAGCAAUGGCAAACUGGAAGAAGAUAAGAACAUUCACACUGGUGUUAAGAAUUUCAAAUGCGAGAUAUGUGCAAAAUGUGCAACAUGUUUCUCACUAAAUACUAUCUUGAAACAACAUAUGUUAGUUCACACAAAUGUUAGGAAUUUCAAAUGUGAGGUAUGUGCAAAAUGUUUGUCACGAAAUACCCACUUGAAACAGAAUAUCGACCUGAAAGAACAUACUUUGGUUCACACUAUUGUUAAGAGUUAAAUGUGAUACAUGUGUUAAAUGUUUCUCAUACAAUAGCAACUUGAAUCAUCGUAUCUUUGUUCACACAGGUAAUAAACAGUUCAAAUGUGACAUGUGCGCAAACUGUUUCUCUCGCGGUUAUCAGUUGAAAUGCCAUCUGUUAAUUGAUGCAAAUGACACACUUUUAACACAUUGAAAAUGCAGAUACUGAUAUAGCGUACAGCACCAGCUUGAAGUGAAUCCUGUCUCAGUAGUAGUGUGAUGGAUCAUGAGAUCAACCUCCUGUCUGUUCAUAUUAAUUAGAGAGGUGUGUAGCUCAGUAGUAGUGUGAUGGGUGAUGGGAUCAGCCUCCUGUCUGAUCAUAUUAAUUAGAGAGGUGUGUAGCUCAGUAGUAGUGUGAUGGGUGAUGGGAUCAGCCUCCUGGCUGAUCAUAUUAAUUAGAGAGGUGUGUAGCUCAGUAGUAGUGUGAUGGGUCGUGAGAUCAGCCUCCUGUCUGAUCAUAUUAAUUAGAGAGGUGUGUAGCUCAGUAGAAGUGUGAUGGGUCGUGAGAUCAGCCUCCUGUCUGAUCAUAUUAAUUAGAGAGGUGUGUAGCUCAGUAGUAGUGUGAUGGGUCAUGGGAUCAACACUCGUCAAACUGAUUUAACAUACAACACCAUCUUGAAGUGACUUCUCUCUGUUCAUAUUAAUUAGAGAGGUGUGUAGCUCAGUAGAAGUGUGAUGGGUGAUGGGAUGAGCCUCCUGUCUGAUCAUAUUAAUUAGAGAGGUGUGUAUCUCAGUAGUAGUGUGAUGGGUGAUGGGAUCAGCCUCCUGUCUGAUCAUAUUAAUUAGAGAGGUGUGUAGCUCAGUAGAAGUGUGAUGGGACAUAAGAUCAGCCUCCUGUCUGAUCAUAUUAAUUAGAGAGGUGUGUAGCUCAGUAGAAGUGUGAUGGGGGAUGGGAUCAGCCUCCCGUCUGUUCAUAUUAAUUAGAGAGGUUUAUACCUCAGUAGUAGUGUGAUGGGUCAUGAGAUCAACACACUUCAGACCUAUUUCAUGUUUUAUCACUCACACUAGACCAGCCUUCCGGUAACUGUCAAUAAUAUCAGUAAUAACGACGAAGGCAAAAUGUAGAAUAUGGGUCUUAAGGCAACAUAGUGAGGUGUGUCGUUCAGCAGAUGUAUGAGGGUCAUGGGAUCAACACUCAUUAUAAGACCUGCUUUAGGAUUUAUCACUCACACUAGGCCAGCCUUCUCGUAACUUUCACCAACAUCGUGAAUAAGGACAUAGAUAGAAUUACUGAAUAUGGACUUUUAUUCGGCGUGGGCCUUAAGGCAACAGCGAGGUGUGUCGCUCAGCAGAUGUGUGUGGGUCAUGGGAUCAACACUCGUGAUCAUAUCUACUUAAGGAUUUAUCACUCACACUAUGCCAACGUUCCCGUAACUUUGACCAACAUCAUGCAUAAGGACGACGGUAAAAUGGUUGAAUAUGGUUAUUUAUUCACUGUGGGUGUUCGGAGUAUACAAGUAUGGCUCUGAACGGCUAAACUACAUUGGUUGUCUGGACAAUUCAACACGAUGAGCAUGACUGCUGCUCAUAGGUUUGUUUUUGUUUUGUGUGUGUGCGCGUGUGUCUUUCUGUGUGUGUGUGUGUGUGUGUGUGUGUGUGUGUGUGUGUGUCUUUCUGUGUGUGACUCUGAGUUGUGUUUGUACAUUAUACAUACAUACAUACAUUUGUCCUAUAACUUACCCAUGAUAUCCAUGUCAUAAACCCAUGUAAUAAUUUACUUUAUUAAUAAUGGUAUGCAAAUUUGCAAGGUCUCUUUGUAAUGUGUUGUUGUGGAUAGGUCCCGUGUACCUGAGCGUAACGUUUUCAAAGAUUUGUUUAAAAUGCGUGACGUCAAACUAAUCUGUGCUAAUCGUGAUGUCAUAUUAUCGAUGGUGGCGACUUCAGUACUGUUAUUUACA